UACAUUACAAACGGAAUUAUUUCGCAUCAGGAAGGUUAAACUGUUCACGUCAAUCUCUAUUACUCAAAAUCGAUUUUAUUAUUUAAUCGAACUCUUCCAAAGUGACGAUGGUUGUUCAUCUUCUGCUGGUUUUCUUCCUGUGGUCACAGAUUUCAUUUACAGAUUCUCUUGAAUGGGACGUCAAGCAACCUAGUAAUGUUCGCAAAGGAUCAACCGCCACACUGGAAUGGACAAUAUCACUUACAACAGAAGAGAAAACGAAUGCAGAUCGCUUUUCUUUAAUUAUAGUGGAGCGUGAAAAGUUUCUUUACAGCAACGAAUGGCAGAUGAUGGCUGUGAAAGGGUAUCCUGGUGAAAUUCACCAAAAAGUUGGAAGUGAGAACACUUUUGAAGUGAUUCCUGGAAAGGACAUGGCAUUCAGACUAAAAAAUGUCACACACACCGAUGCCACUCGCUUUCGCUGCACAUUUCUCAGCUCAUUUGCAGCACCCAAGAGUAUCAUUCAGGUGGAAAUGGAAGGGGUUCCUGUAAAAGUUCGCCUUACGGGUGGAGCCUCUCCUAAUAGGGGAAGAGUAGAAGUAUAUCGAAAUGGACGUUGGGGAACUAUCUGUAAGAAUGGCUGGGAUAUGCCAGACGCAUCAGUUGUUUGUCGGAUGUUGGGAUUCCCUGGGGCUUGGACAGCUGGUUGCUGCACCAAACAAUCAGGGGGCCGUGAUCCGAUUUGGUUGAGUGAUCUAUCUUGUACGGGUCAAGAGAACACUUUAUCCGAAUGUAAACAUAGCGGGUGGGGUGUCCAUGACUGCGAUCAUACCCAAGAUGCUGAAGUUAUUUGUCACAGUCCAGCAACAGAGAAACCCACAAAGAGACCCUUACGAAUUUCUACUUCCCCUGCAUCUCAAGUGAAAAUGUUACCAGGUAGCUCUUAUGAAAUAGUCGUUCCUUCAGUGGUAUCUCCAAGUUCACCUUCACUGACUGUGAUGCAGAGCUCGACCACUCCAACCUCUCCACCCGCUCCGAUAGUGCGCUUGAGAGAUGGCGACUCUCCUGGUUACGGACGGGUAGAGAUCUAUUACAAUGGUACUUGGGGUACAGUAUGCGAUGAUAAUUGGGAUAUUAACGAUACUGCUGUAGUUUGUCGAAUGCUGGGCUUCAAAUACGCUUGGACUGCCAUCUCAUUUGCUGUAGAAAUAACCACAGACGACCUGGAUCUUUAUGGUACAGGACCCAUUUGGCUCGAUGAUGUUAACUGUUUCGGAAACGAGAGUUCUCUAAACGAGUGUGGCCAUAAUGGCUGGUUGGUUCAUAAUUGCGAUCACCUGGAAGAUGCAGGAGUUUGGUGUGCUAAUACAUCAAGGGAGGCGGAUAUUCCUGAAUCAACAGUGGUUCUUGAUAAUCACAAACCUAUUGGACCACCUUCUGUUCAAGUUCGAUUAGUCAACGGAUCAAGUCAUCGGUAAGGUAGGGUUGAGGUUUUCUACAAGGGAGAAUGGGGAACUGUGUGCAACCA